CUGGCCAUUAGAGAGAAUGAAGUUUUAAGGCACUUAGCAUUGGCUUCCCUUUUCAGGACCAGAGGUUGUCGCCUGGGUGAAACAGACUAUAGUUGAUCAGUGAUCUCCCCCCCCCCCCAGUGGUCGGGGGCUGACUGAUACACAUCAGCCGAUUCAUUGGUCACACAACGUUCAUCCUUGAUGCAGUCUCUGCGGUUCACUGGGAAAACCCUCCGACUGUGGUGAAACUCACUCCACUCACCCUGUGGUGAUCGUUUGUAGAAGAUGUGUGUGUGUGUGUGUGUGUGUGUGUGUGUCAUGUAGCAGACAGUGUGGGUUUGUUUGAUAACAGGGCUCAGCUGAAACUGACAGCAGCGUCUGAAAUACGAGACCUCUGCUGUCUCGUCCCCACAGUCUGUGGGCGUGUGUAUGUGUGCGUGUGUGUGAGUUGGAGAGAGACAAAGAUUUAUAUUGUGACUGUCCGGUUGUUUUUAACAAGGCUAUCUUAAGAUUUAAAUGUGAUUUUUAGGCUGAGAUUCUGUUUUUUUUGUGUGUGUGUGUGUGUGUGUGUGUGUGUGUGUGUGUGAGUGAGUCCCCCAGCAGACACGAUAAACACUUGUGUGUCUUCGUGUGUUCAGGGAUUGGAUGUAGUGUUCCUAUUGCUUACACAGAGAGAGUCUGUGAGUGUGUGUGUGUUUGUUUCGAGUGUCGGCCGCGGUGUUUCCCCACUUCCUCGUGUGAUUCACCUUGUGACAUCAUGCCGUGACAUCACCGUCUGUGGGAGGCCGGAUUGGUCAAAAGGCCGACGGAGCGUCCCUCUCUCAGUCCCUCUCCUUGGCUUUACCUCUCAGUGGCUCCAACGUUUUCUCUUCAUUCUUUUGUUGUUGUUUGUUUGUGGAUCAAUUUGAAGCUGUAAACAUGUUUGUCUGCCUCUGCUAAGGAGCGGCCGGCUGCAGCCUCGCUGAAAAUGUCCGAUAAUGGGGAGGUCGAGGACAAGCCCCCAGCUCCGCCCAUGAGGAACACCAGCACCAUGAUUGGCUCCUGCAACAAGGACCCCGCCCCGCUCAACCACGGCUCCAAGCCCCUCCCACCCAACCCGGAGGACAAGAAGAAGAAGGACCGCUCGAUCCGGUUCAUCCUGACGGGGGGAGGCGACAAGACCUACAAGAAGAAGGAGCGUCCAGAGAUUUCCCUGCCGUCUGAUUUUGAACACACCAUCCAUGUCGGCUUCGACGCCGUUACCGGGGAGUUUACUGGCAUGCCAGAGCAGUGGGCCCGGCUCCUGCAGACGUCCAACAUCACCAAACUGGAGCAGAAGAAGAAUCCUCAGGCCGUCCUCGACGUUCUAAAGUUCUAUGACUCGAAAGAAACGGCCAACAGCCAGAAGUACAUGAGCUUCACAGAUAAAAACGCAGAUGCCUACAGCUCCUCCACCACAACGAGCUCCAAGGCCAUGUCGGAGACGCCCGCCAUAGCGACCGUAUCCGAGGACGACGACGAAGAUGAGGCCGAGCCCCCGCCAGUGAUCGCCCCCCGACCAGAGCACACCAAAUCAAUAUACACCCGCUCUGUGAUCGAGCCCCUCCCUCCUCCUCCUCCCACCAAAGAUGCCGCGACCUCGCCCAUCUCCCCGCCUCCGGCCGCCGGCGCCACCGCAGCCGUCAUCCCCGCCCCCCCUUCAGAGGGAGCUCCCAGCAGCCCUCCCAAUGCGAGCCCUGCCCCCGGGCCCUCAGUGCCCCGCCCCCUGGACAAAACCAGGAAGAAGAAGAUGUCGGACGAGGAGAUCCUGGAGAAACUACAUGUGCUCAGAUCUCCCUCUGCUGGGACAAUCGUGAGUGUGGGAGACCCCAAGAAGAAAUAUACGCGCUUUGAGAAGAUCGGACAGGGGGCUUCUGGGACGGUGUACACAGCUAUAGACAUCGCUACAGGACAGGAGGUUGCCAUCAAACAGAUGAACCUGCAGCAGCAGCCCAAGAAGGAGCUGAUCAUCAAUGAGAUUCUGGUGAUGAGGGAAAAUAAGAACCCGAACAUAGUCAACUACCUGGACAGUUACCUGGUGGGUGACGAGCUGUGGGUGGUGAUGGAGUACCUGGCCGGAGGUUCGUUGACUGACGUCGUCACGGAGACCUGCAUGGAUGAAGCCCAGAUAGCUGCUGUGUGCAGAGAGUGUCUCCAGGCGUUGGAGUUCCUCCACUCAAACCAGGUCAUCCAUCGAGACAUUAAGAGCGACAACAUCCUGCUGGGCAUGGACGGCUCCGUCAAACUCACCGACUUCGGCUUCUGCGCCCAGAUCACUCCGGAGCAGAGCAAACGUAGCACCAUGGUGGGGACCCCGUACUGGAUGGCCCCAGAGGUCGUGACCCGCAAAGCCUACGGCCCCAAAGUGGACAUCUGGUCCCUGGGCAUCAUGGCCAUAGAGAUGGUGGAGGGGGAGCCUCCGUACCUGAAUGAGAACCCGCUGCGGGCGCUGUAUCUCAUCGCGACCAACGGGACGCCGGAGCUGCAGAACCCGGAGAAGCUGUCGACGACGUUCAGGGACUUCCUGAACCGAUGUCUGGAGAUGGACGUGGAGAAGAGAGGGUCGGCGAAAGAGCUGCUGCAGCACCAGUUUCUGAAGAUGGCGAAGCCCCUCUCCAGUCUGACUCCUCUCAUCGUGGCUGCAAAGGAGGCGGCCAAGAACAACCGCUAGCGAGCCUUGCACUCCUCUGUCUACCAUCCCUCCUUCCUCUCUCUUUCUUCUUCUCCUCUUUUUAUCUAGACAGGAGAGCAGCGAUGGCGAAAGCCUACGGUCUUUCUCUCCCUUCUUUUUUUUUUUUUUUUUUUUUUGUCUCUUACAAUCUGCACCGACUGCUCCUUCACCCUGUGACCUUUGACCCCAAGCGCGACCUCCCCUAAUCACCCUCACAGCGAGGAUGAUGGGUAGUUUCUUCCUGUAACUCUUUGUCAGACACUGCGCUGGACUCGGAUCAGGAAGACGAGACAUCAUCUGUGAUCAAGUGAUGUCAUCGCUUACAUCAUCGCCCCCUCAGCCGGUAUGAACAACCCAAGAGGAGAGAGAGAGUGCUUCAAAAGAGCCCAAAGACUCAUGGGAGUUUUUUUUUUAAAAUAUGUUUGUUUUUUUCUUACCGCGUUUGAAAAAAGGACCACGACAGCCAACCAGCACCCUCUGCUGCAGACUGUGUGUGUGUGUGUGUGUGUGUGUGUGUGUGUGUGUUAGCUAAGGUCCUAGCUUCCUGUCAUGUGUCGAUGGGUUUCAGUUGGACUUAUUUCAGCAUCUUCUGUCUAAAAGUGCAUUUGUUGAUUUUCAUUUUAUCACUCUUUUUUUCUUUUUUUUAAAUCAAUAUUUCUGUGUGCGCGGGUUUGAGUGCGUCUGUGUGUGUGUGUGUGUGUGUGUGUGUGUUUUGUCAACCUGAUUAAGUUCAUGGUAAUGUUACCUUCUAUAGUUUUGGACAUGGAGCAGGUGAGGUUCGGUACUUUGUGGUGUCUGCGGUGUGAGUUAGAGAAUAUUAAUAUGAGUUAUAAUAAAGUACAGGCAUGGCGGGCCCCGAGCCGUCGACGGACCGAGUUUGGACGCUUUGGAGGUUUCCCUCUUCAAAAAUGAAGCCAUUUUGACUUCCUACUAGGAAGAAACAUUUUCUCAUACUUUUAUUAGGUUUUGUAAAUAAUUCACAGCUGCUGAAUGAAUAUUAGAUGUAGCAUUACACUCCUAUAACAUAGUCUGACUCAAACUAGACAAGAAAAAUAAAAGAAAACCGAUGCAGCCAAACCUCCCUUUUUUAUUCUUAUUUCACUGUUCUAAGUUAAAUGUUUUCUAAUCAGAGCUGUACUUGUUACAAUUGCAUGAUGCUAGCAAACAUGGUUAAGACUUCUCCAGGAAAUAGAAGCAUUAUUGUCACAUCAUUGUCUUGAAAUGACGGACGGUCCACAAACCAAUCGCUGACGUCACGAUGCCUACGUCCACUUCUUAUACAGUCUAUGGUGUCGAUUUUUCAAAACCUCAGCAGAAGGCGUCACACUCGUAUUGUCCUUUUUAAAGCUAAAAAAAGUGUCAAAACGCUUCAAAAAGUUGGAUUUAAUUAGAAGCAUCUCAGAUUUUCUACUCUCAUCGAAUCCGGUCAGCAUCAUCUUCAGAUAUCUAGAAAUGUAAAUGCAAUGAUGAAAUGUGCUGUUUUACCCAUAAUCCACUCUGCCAAACUCGCUACAUCUGCGGCUCUGGGACGUCACUGUCUGGGGGGCUCGAAGUGAGAGAAUGUGCAUGACAACAACCCCUUUUUUAAAUACGGUACGUUCAACACAGUGAAGAAAAGUAAUGGCGGCAAUGCUGCAACGUUAAGUGAAGUUGCACGAAGGGUGCGUGUGUACGAUAGGAAAGAUCGUAUCUUUAUCCUAUUUUUCAGAAGAUGAGACAAAUAAAUGCUACGAUGGUACGUUGUUAUUUUCUUCCUGGUGGACCGUUUGGAUACCCGGGAACCCUCCGAACAUAAGGUGUAUAUUUUUCGUGGAUAGAAAAGCGGGAAAAAAAAAUGUGCUGACAAAAAAACAAAACACGACAACAAUCUCUUUCAGCCUUUGUUUACAAACCACUGUGUUGUCAGAAAAUUCCUUUUUGAUUUGGAUACUAAGAUUUGAAUAUUUGUUUUGGAUUUCUUUUUUCCUGCUGAAAGAAGUUUUUUUCAGCAGAGAAGAGUUUUUCUUUCCGGCAAAAAACAAAAAAGUCACAGGUUCAAAUCCUGAAAGAGCCAAAGCUUCCAUCAAUGGCCAGCGUCAGUUUUAACAAAUGCUGCAAUGUAAAUAAAACAUUUCCAAAACAUCUAUUCAAAA